AUGGGCUCUAGCAAGUCAGGGAUUUGGAAGCUGGAAUUGGAAGCAGAGGAAGAAGAAAGAGGAGGGGGAGAAGAUGAAGAUGAGGAUGAAGACGAGAAGGAAAUGAGGAUUCUAAGGGGUUGGGAUACGUUCUCAUCAUCAGCACGCCGAGCUCAUCAGGAAGGUGCAAUUAGUUCUUCAAAAAGAUAUGCAGUUGUGACAGGGGCAAAUAAAGGGAUUGGCUAUGGAAUUUGCAGGCAGUUAGCAUCUAAUGGAAUCACAGUGGUAUUGACAGCUAGAAAUGUGAAGGGGGGACUUGAAGCUGUUGAGAGUUUUAAAGGGCUUGAUUUCUUUGACAAUAUAGUUUUUCAUCAGCUUGAUGUGGUUGAUCCUUCAAGUAUUGCAUCUCUUGCUGAAUUCAUCAGAAUACAUUAUGGAAGACUUGAUAUUCUGGUGAAUAAUGCAGGGAUUCUUGGAGUUGAUAUGGAUGUUGAUGCUUUAAGAGCUUCUGGAUAUGGAUCUGGUGGACCUGAUGGAUCACAUAUAGAUUGGAAUGGCAUCUCGACUGAGACAUAUGACUUGGCAGUAGAAUGUCUGCAGACAAACUACUAUGGUGCAAAAAGAAUGAUUGAAGCAUUUCUUCCUCUCCUUUACUUAUCUGAUUCACCAAGGAUCGUAAAUGUUUCUUCAUCAAUGGGAAAGUUAAAGCACAUACCCAGUGAAUGGGCUAAAGGAGUACUAAAUGAUUUUGGAAACCUUACAGAGGAGAGAGUGGAUGAGGUGGUGAAUGAAUUUCUCAAGGAUUUUAAAGAGGGUUCACUUAAAGCAAAAGGUUGGCCUCCAUAUACGUCAGCAUAUACAGUUUCAAAGGCUGCUAUGAACGCAUAUACUAGGGUUCUUGCUAAAAAGCACCCAAAGUUUCGUAUAAAUUGUGUUUGUCCUGGUUUUGUAAAAACAGAUGGAAACUUCAAUACUGGUCAUUUAACUGUUGAAGAAGGUGCUGAAAGUCCAGUAAGACUAGCUCUACUGGCUGAUGAUGGUUCUUCUGGGGUCUCUACACGCGCAGCAGAAAGGAAAAAGUUUUCUCUAUUUAACUAGUAACUGCACUUGUAUUACGCAGUCUGUUGCUUAAGAACUUUUCACAAGUGACUCGUGAUGCUUCCUUUUGUGUGAUGGGUUUCUGUUUUCAUGCUGCUGUUCACAACAUCAUGUAUAAUUUAGCCAGUUUGUUUCUUAAUACUCUGGAGAACUGCUCACCUCAGAGAUACGAUAUCUUAUUGGCUAAAUCGGAAUAGCUUGAUAUAUUCCAAUUUGUCUGGCAGGAUUUUGUGCAUUA